AUGUCAGGCACAGAGGGGGAGAUGCCGCUACCUGAGACUCUUCAGCGCAUUUCUAUGAGGAACGGCGCUGAGAGUCAUAUUUUUUCGAUGGAUUCCGAAGCGCCCAAGUUAACGGAAGAGCCGCAGUUGAUUGCAGUACCGUCGGUCUCACAACUACUCGACCUUGUACGUGCCAUACGGUCGCAGUAUAUGCAGCUAGUAGUGGAGAUCGCUGAGGCGUCUGGAAAUAAAACCCUUUCUUCGGAUGCCUUGUCAAAAUUUACUAAGCAACUCGAGGCACUGGCGCACCCCAUUGUAGAACUGCAGAGAGGUAUUCGCAGUAAAAACGCGCAGUCUGUGCGUUUGGAACUGCGCACUUACCUUGCCAACGAGGUGGAGGUACGGCGAAGGGCACUCUCACGCAUGGGGGCAGCGCUCAGCAUAGCAAAGCAGAGUUUGGUUUAA